AUGGCUGAAAAAAUGAAAAUCGCGGUGGAUCCUGAUUUCUACUCCAUGAUCAAUGACUACGGCAUGGACCCGCAGGGCCUUCACUCGGAUACCACUUCUAUCGCCUCAUCAAUCGCGAGGGGACGACUGGAAAACGGCCGAAGAUACCAGGCUAUCAAAGAAGAUGACUACUGGGGUCCUUCUGACGAGCAACAAUUCGAGGCGUUUGAGAUCGGCCAUAUGGUGUUUCUCGUGCUAGAUAACGAGCAGUCCAAUCCACUUUUCCGCGCCCCUAUCGGCAAUUCACCCAAGAAUAUUUUAGACAUCGGAACCGGCCAAGGGAGUUGGGCAAUUGAUGUUGCCGAUCGAUAUUCGCUAGCUACCGUCCGCGGAGUGGAUAUCUUUCCUCCACCCGUAUCAUGGAUGCCCCCGAACUGCAUCUUCGAGGUGGAUGAUGUGCUUCGAGAGUGGACAUGGAGAGAGCCGUUUGACUUUAUUCAUAUGCGCCUAAUGUAUGGCGCAUUCCCUCCCGAGGGAUGGGAGAAGCUAUACAAGCAGGCCUACGAUGCUCUAGAGCCUGGUGGUUGGAUCGAACAAAUGGAAUUAGAUGUGCGAGUCUACAGCGAUGACGGUACCCUGAAGAAAGAACACCAGCUAUAUGGGUGGGGUGACCUGUUUAUUAGAUGCUCUGAGCGAGCGGGCCGAUCCCUCAGAACCCAUGAAACGAUGCGCAGCGCGAUCGAGAAAGCCGGAUUCGUUGACGUGCAUGAGGAAACGUACAAAAUUCCCCUAGGACCUUGGGCUAGGGAUCCCACACUGAAGGAGGCUGGGCACCUCCAGUUGGCCCAUUGGAAUGCCGCUCUAGAAGGUUGGGCGAUGUGGCUUCUCACUCACUUUGGGGAGCCGGAGCCGUGGACAAAGGAGGAGGUGCAGGUAUUUCUGGCUAAAGUGCGCACGGAGCUGAACAACCCGCAUAUUCACGCUUAUGAACCUGCGAAUCGUGUGUGGGCAAGAAAGCCUACCAUGGAGGAAUUGGAAGUGAUAGAUAUUAAGGCCGAGACAUCGCCUUGA